AUGAGGUUCUCAGCUGCUAUCCUUACCGCUAUCGCAGUCGCUUUAGUUGCAUCUGCUGAUAUAGAAGAUACCACUGCUAACAAUGCUGCUGUUGAAGCUCCAGAUGUUGCUGAAGAUAUCAAUGCACCCUACCAAACGGAAAUUGUCUACGACAAUAACGAGGCUGCUGCUGCUGCUGCUGCUGCUGCUGAAGAGUACGGACAGUACGCUCCAGGUCCAGAGUACGAGCAAUAUGCACCAGAAGAUGCUUAUGGACAGUAUGCACCUCAAGGUUAUGAGGCAGGCACUCCACAAGAAGGUGGUGAAGAUGGAUACUACGUCUAUGUUCCAGACACUGAAACAUAUGCUAGUGAGGAAGAGGCUGCUCAAGCUGCUCAAGCUGCUCAGUACCAUCAAAAGAGAAGUGCUGACCCAGGUUGGAUGUGGACUAGAUACGGCAGAUUCUCUCCUGUAAAGAGAGACGCCAAUGCCGAUGCUGCUGCUGAUCCAGGUUGGAUGUGGACUAGAUACGGCAGAUUCUCUCCUGUAAAGAGAGACGCCAAUGCUGAUGCUGCUGCAGAUCCAGGUUGGAUGUGGACCAGGUACGGCAGAUUCUCUCCUGUCAAGAGAGAGGCAGAAGCUGCUCAAUACCAUCAAAAAAGAAGUGCAGAUCCAGGUUGGAUGUGGACUAGAUACGGUAGAUUCUCGCCAGUGAAAAGAGACGCUAACGCUGAUGCUGAUGCUAAUCCCGAGGCAGACCCAGGUUGGAUGUGGACCAGGUACGGUAGAUUCUCGCCAGUGAAAAGAGACGCUAACGCUGAAGCUGAUGCUAAUCCCGAGGCGGAUCCAGGUUGGAUGUGGACCAGGUACGGUAGAUUCUCGCCAGUAAAGAGAGACGCUAACGCUGAUGCUGCUGCAGAUCCAGGUUGGAUGUGGACCAGGUACGGCAGAUUCUCUCCUGUAAAGAGAGACGCCAAUGCUGAUGCCGAUGCUGACCCAGGUUGGAUGUGGACCAGGUACGGCAGAUUCUCUCCAGUGAAAUAA